ACCACUAAAGCACAGUAAACAUCCCACCGAGCGUAUAAAAGACAAAGAGCCACUCACUUUUUAAGUCCCACAUUCUGCCAAUUCCAUCUCCAAAUUCGCCACUGUGAGAGCAGAGUGUGUGAGCUUCGCAGAGUCACCAUGUCACAUGGGGGCGGCCAGGAAUGUUUGUGAUAUUUCCAGCUGAUGAACUCAUUUUGAUGACAUACGGUCCCGCUAUACCACGACUAGCUCCACGACCAACACUCGACUGUCUGCGCGAACCCGAAGUGCCAAUUGAGAUACCACCAAGAUCACAACGCCCAUCAUCAUCGGCCAACGGCACCACCACUGCAACCAGCAACAGCAACGCCACAGCAGUCGCCCACAACAACAACAGCAGUAGAACUGCAACAAAAGGCGCCAACAGCCCCAGCUUCAGCGCCAACACCACCACCACCACCGCCACUGCACCAGCUUACAACUCGACACCAAAGCCCGUCAAUAGCGCGUCCGCGUCCGCGCCCACUGCUGCACCAGUCUUCACCACCGCCUUCACUUACGACCCCGCACAACCACCUCAAUCGGUUGUAUUGACGCACGCCUCGAACUCCCUACCGCCGACACCUACGCGACGCACUUCGCGCACAUCACGCACAUCACUCACCCACUCAGGCUCGGCUGUGCCCACACCAGACGCCACCACCUCGAAGCAGUCUAGUGUGCGUAGCAACAGGAGUAGCCGUAGCCGUAGCAUACAUCAACAGACACCACCGCGACAACAGCCACUGCAAUUGGCGCCGCCGCCUGCGAAUUCGCAACAACAGCAGCAACUUCUUUUACUCCAACAUCAACAACAACAACAGCUUCAACAGCAACAGCUACUGCUGUUACAGCAACAGCAGCAGCAAGAGCAGCUACUCAAACAUUUGGAAUCUCAGAAGCAGCAGCAGCAACAGCUGAAGCAAAACAGUAUUUCGGCACGCGCUACUUUGCCCGCCACCGCAACAACAUCCGUCCAAAUGCAGAACAAUGCAGCGGGCAGUUCACAUUCGCUGCAGGGCCGACAGGGUGGCCAACGAUCAGCGCUUGAGCGUAGCACAGCCGUAGGUGGCUCCACACCUCAACGGGGUCUGACGCCGCAACGGGGUGCAACACCCCAGCACAGCCACGAGCUGGAUCACAUGGAUGAAUAUGCUGGCGCCACGUCCAUGGGAGGUGGCGGCCAGUUAGUUAGUGCGCGCGAUCGCAGUCCAAGCGUAUUUCUCGAACCACCCUCACCCGAUCCGACACAGAUUAUCUACGGCCCCGGCUGGGGCCGGCCUAUGUCGCCAAUGAAUCUGCCACCAGAGCCACGACCCAAGUCGCCGACUCCAAGCAAAUCGUCACGUUUGCGUCCCAAAUUACAUUUGCCACUGGGUCGCCUUGGACGUUCUACCUCAACAGAUCAGCGUGAGUCCAACCGCUUGAAGGAAGAUCUGCAACUACUUGUGGAUAAUCCAGUUUUUAAUUGCGAAAAUUUGCGUCAACGUAACUUCGAUGCGUUCUUCGAGUCGGGCGAGCCCAAGUAUAAGUUGCAGCCGAAGACGCCGAACUCGGCGCCAACUGGUUCGCUAUCGAGCGCCAGCAGUCAGUAUUCACCGCAAAUGGAUGCGCGGAGCAUGGCCAGCGGAAGUGGAGGCGGUGGUGGAUUGUUUGCGCGCUCGCCGAACGAAGGAAAAGGGGCCAUGAAUGCGCGCUCACUCUCCGCCGAACAGCCUGAGAUGCCGAGUCGCGACAGACGUGCGGCGUCCGUUAGUAGUGGUGUUGUGCCCCAGAAAGAUUCUUCAAAAAAAUCUUCAAGUGGUCGAAAAAAUCGUAGAUUCUUUGGGUGGAGGGGGCCACGUAGUGGUUCCCUUGGCCCACGGGCCGGUAUGGCUUCCUAUAAUGGGGUGCUAAAGGAUUACGGACACAGCAGUUUGAAUGAGGCUUUCAAAUCCCAAAACAAUGUCAACUUUAAGUUAAUCAAAACAGUAUCUGAUUUCACCGAAACCCUUUCCCAUUUAUACGAGGAACACGCAACUGCCCUACAAACUUUAGUCUCCAAUUAUCGUAAAAAGAAUGCAGAACUUCGCAAAGAAAGACCCGACUGCCAUAUGGCAAUUUUCCAAACAUGGGAAACAUUCCUACAGGAGGUCGAAUCCGAUUCUCAGGCAUCAAACGAUGUGGCCAACGUGCUUUCACGUCAGGUGUCACGUCCAAUGCUCGAUAAAUCCUUUCAUCGUAAAGUUCAAAGUCGGAAAAUUUUCACACACAGGGAGUCUUUUGAGACUAUUAUCGCAAAGACUGAUGAGAAGCUGUCGAAGUGUCGUUUGGAUUAUAAACAAUGUUAUAAGUCGCAUCGUCAAAAUCCCACACAACUCUCACUCACCGAAUACAUUGAUGCACACAAUGCGUACGUGCAACAGUUGCAUGCCACCAAUGCCAUGCUGGAGACCUAUCAUUGUGAGACGGUGCCGCAAUUGAUGCAAGAAUUGGAAGAGAUACACAAUGAUUUAUGCAGUAUUAUCGCUGAAUCGAUACUACAGGGUGCCGAUAUAAUUGCGAACAAGGCCACAGAUCAAGCGAAGCGGUACAGCACUUUGACUAUACAAUGCAGUUCGGUGGUGCCCAUGCAGGACCUCACGAAUUUCGUACGCACCCUGCCGCUGCCAUCGCAGGCGCAAAAAGUUCCUAAGCGCAUUUUUGCGCCGCCACAACCACCGGGCGAAGCUGACGAUACGGGGGAUUUCAAUGAAAUGGUUGCAAUGAUGCGCAACGAGCUGGUCUUCGAUCGCCAUUCAACACUAGCACUGCGGCCCGCACUGGAAUCAUUAAAGCGGGAGGCGAAUGAUUUGGAAAUGCAAAUUCGUUUAUUACAGGACACGGUGGAUGGUUUGAAUCGCACGCAGCAGCGUGGCAUCGAGGGACAACUGUUCAACAAGGUCAACGAGAUGCAGGAGGAUUUGUCUUUGAAGAAGUUUGAUUUGCGCGCCAAGCAGUUACAUUUUUCUGCCAUUAAAGCACAGGCGUCAUAUGAAGGGAAGAUUGCAGGCGUAUACUGCAAACUACGUGCGGAAAGGUAA